UUUAUUUGCUUCAAUUUGUAAUAUUACUGUACUAAUUUUCUUAUUAAUUAUCUAAAACAAAAAAAAAAUUAUGGAUGCCCUUUUUGCUAAAGGAAAAGAAUUUCUUAGUUCCAAAGAUAAAGAUGAUGACAAAGAAACUUCCAAUCGAACAAAACAUCAUGAUGACGUAGAUGAUUCCAAUGACCGCCCUGAGAGGAAGACUUCCGGCAAGUCUGGCGGUGGCGGCGGUCGAGGUGGUGGCAAGUCGGACGACGACAGUGAUGGCGAGAGGCCCGCUGGCGCUGGCCGUGGUGGCGGCAAGAUCGGGGGCGCCGGACGUGGUAGUGGUAAGACGGCGGCAGGCGGUGCUCCUAACCCAAAUGAGCACAAACAACCAACAACCUCUGAGCUAAUGGCUAGCGCGAAGUUGGUGGCUGCAGCUGCACAGUCUCAAUUAGGUGGCGGAGGCGAGGGCAAGCCAAAAGAAGAAUUGGACACCGGAAAGCUUGCCGGAGCCGCCGCUGACCUCCUUGCGGCCGCUACCCAUUACGGGAAACUAGGAGAUGAUGGAAUCGGUAAGUAUAUCGGCCAAGCUGAGGAUUAUCUCCAUGGCUACGAGCUUAAGAAUGUGAAACCCAACAAAGCUGGUGCUGGUGCUGGUGUUGGAUCCAAAAAAAGUACUUGUAGUAAUGCGGAGCGCAAGAACUCAUCGGAGUCCCGCCCACGGGGCAAUGCAAGAGAUGAUGAUGAGCGCGAAGAGCAUGCCAGGAAAGAGAAGAAGAUGCCAUCAAAGAAACAAUCCGGUGACAAUUACGGUCAUGAUCGUGAGGAAGGUACUAGAGAGAUGCCUAAGAAACAAGUUGGUGAUGAUCAUUCCGGAGAUGAGUAUGGCGAGCACACAAGGAAAGGUAAGGGAAUGCCUAGGAAACAAUCUGGUGAAAGUAAAGGAAUGCCCACGAAAAAAUCUGGGGGCCAUGGACAUGAUGAACAUUCAGAUGAAGAUGAUAGUCGCUCUGGAGAGGGGUAUGGCGAUUACAUCAAAAAAGCUCAAGGAAUGAUUAAGAAAAAAUCUGGAGAUGAUGAUAAUCCAGAGAAAGGUGAUGGUGAAUCUGGUGGAGGAUAUGGCGAUUAUAUAAAAAAAGCUCAAGGAUUUCUCAAGAAAAAGUCGGACAACGGUGAUGGAAGUCCAAGGGGUGAGGAUGGAGAUUCUGGAGGUGGGAUGGGUGGGGUCAUGAAAAUGGCUCAAGGUAUGUUCAAGAAAGAUUCUGACGACCGUGAUGGCGAUCGUAGCCCCACCAAACAUUCUAAUGAGAAAGAUGGGAACAAAACAGAUUAUCUUAAGAUGGCUGGAAGUUUUUUCAAGUAA